AUGGCAGCAGCCAGAGCAGGAUACGGCCCUCUGCUCCUGCUCCUGCUGCUGGGGCUGUGCCUAGCUGAGGUCCCAGUCAGUGCCAAGCCCAGCAACAUGACUGCAGCUCAGUGGUUUGCAACUCAGCACGUGCAGCCCAAACCCCAGGGAUGCGACACUGCAAUGAACAACAUCAACAAAUACACGAAACGCUGCAAAGACUUCAACACCUUCCUGCAUGGAUCCUUCUCCAGUGUGGCCACCACCUGUCAGACCCCCACCAUAGCCUGCAAGAAUGGCCGUAAAAACUGCCACCAGAGCCAAAGGCCUGUGUCUCUGAGCACAUGUAAGCUCACCUCGGGGAAGUAUCCAAACUGCAAGUACAAAAAGAAGCAACUGGUCGCUUCUUACACUGUAGCCUGUGACGCUCCCCAGGCAGGAGGCUCUGGGAAAUUCAAGCUGGUCCCUGUGCACUUGGACUAG